AUUGGUGACGAGCCUACGGCCAAUUGCUGGAGCUGUUGUUCCCCAGUGGAAGAGCCGGUCGGGGAGGGAGGAAAGAGUCAAGAUGGUGUUGGAAAGUACUAUGGUUUGCGUGGACAACAGUGAGUACAUGCGGAAUGGGGACUUCCUGCCCACCAGACUGCAGGCCCAGCAAGACGCCGUCAACAUCGUGUGUCACUCAAAGACCCGCAGCAACCCCGAGAACAACGUGGGGCUCAUCACGCUUGCCAAUGACUGUGAGGUGCUGACCACGCUCACCCCCGACACCGGCCGCAUCCUCUCCAAGCUGCACACUGUGCAGCCCAAGGGCAAGAUCACCUUCUGCACUGGCAUCCGCGUGGCCCACCUGGCCCUGAAGCACCGGCAGGGCAAGAACCACAAGAUGCGCAUCAUCGCCUUCGUCGGGAGCCCCGUGGAGGACAACGAGAAGGAUCUGGUGAAGCUGGCUAAGCGCCUCAAGAAAGAAAAAGUCAAUGUUGACAUAAUCAAUUUUGGGGAAGAGGAAGUGAACACAGAAAAGCUGACAGCCUUUGUAAACACACUGAAUGGCAAAGAUGGAACUGGUUCUCACCUGGUUACGGUGCCGCCUGGACCCAGCCUGGCUGACGCGCUCAUCAGCUCUCCGAUCCUGGCUGGGGAAGGCGGUGCCAUGCUGGGCCUGGGAGCCAGUGACUUUGAGUUUGGAGUGGAUCCCAGUGCUGACCCCGAGCUGGCCCUGGCCCUGCGCGUCUCUAUGGAAGAGCAGCGGCAACGGCAAGAAGAGGAGGCCCGGCGGGCAGCGGCUGCCUCUGCGGCGGAGGCUGGGAUCGCCACGGCUGGGGCUGAAGGUGAAAGAGACUCGGAUGACGCCCUGCUGAAGAUGACCAUAAGCCAGCAGGAGUUCAGCCGCUCGGGGCUCCCAGACCUGAGCAGCAUGACAGAAGAGGAGCAGAUUGCGUAUGCCAUGCAGAUGUCCCUGCAAGGUGCAGAGUUUGGCCAGGCCGAGUCGGCAGACCUGGACGCCAACUCAGCUAUGGACACGUCGGAGCCGGCUAAGGAGGAGGAUGAUUACGACGUGAUGCAGGACCCCGAGUUCCUUCAGAGCGUCCUGGAGAACCUGCCAGGUGUGGAUCCCAACAAUGAAGCCAUUCGAAAUGCCAUGGGCUCCCUGGCCUCCCAGGCCACCAAGGAUGGCAAGAAAGACAAGAAGGAGGAGGACAAGAAGUGAGACUCGAGAGACAGGGUGGCUGAUUGCCCAGGUUGGGAUGGCAUAUAGUGCUACAGAGAUUGUAGCCAUUGCAGUUCAAUAAAGUUCAUCAAAUUUU